UUUUUUUUUAUAUAUACCGUGAAGACUUUUUUAUAUCUAUUAUUUUAUAUACUUUAUCACUGUUUAUAUAUAUAUAUAUAUGGGAAGCAAGUUACGUUGGCAAUCUUGCUCCAAAUCUGAUUUUCCAUUGAAACGUAGUAAAGUGGCCAAAGCAUGUCAGGGCUGUAGAACCAAGAAGAUGCGCUGUGAUGGCAAAAAGCCUUGUACUCGGUGUGAAGCAGACAGAAAGCAUUGCGUAUAUCGACCAACUAGUCCUUCAUUUUCUAGAAAAUCCAAAUCAUCUCCAUCACCACUUCUUUUUGAAUGGUCAAGACUUGACAAACUAGCUUUCCAUCAAGACUUGUAUAUCGCUUUAAAUCUAUCUUCACCAAUUUCACGAACAAACAGCAAAAAGGAUCGAUUACCAGCAUUGUUAUUUGAAUUUUAUCAUUUAACUUCACAUCCCAUUACGAUUUGGACAAGGUUUUACACUCUUUUCCAAAAAUGGUACCGUUUACAGAAAUCAUCCUCUCUCAAAGACGCUCGUGUUCCUGCCGAUAUUGCCAAAGAAGCACUCCGACUCUUUUUACGAUACAAUUCUCUUUAUACCUUAUUCAUUGACGCGACUGAUCUCUUACUUGUUCUUGAUCAACACUCGUUUUUCCCCACAACCGGAUCCUCCACACCGCUCAACAACACAUCAACCUACUCGAUUGAUGUUACCUUAUUAUUAUUGGACACCAUCCUUGCUUUGACGUUUUUAGCUGCUGGUCAAACUCUUGGUUCCGAUCUUCUUUUAGACAUUGCUCAUUCUUUUUAUGAUACUGUACACAAACGUUGGUUAACUAUGACAUUCCUUUCAACACCUUCAACUCGAUCACACUCCUAUCACACAUCAUCAUCAUCAUCAUUAUCAACUCCAAUAUCUGCAUCACCAUUAUCGACGUCCUUAACAUCAGUAUUAAUACCAACAACUUCAGCCGAUUUACCAACGUCAUCGUCAGAAUCACCAUCAACAUCAGCAAUAGCCACAUUAUCACCUAUACCAACUCCAACUCCAACUCCAACAGCAGACUCACUGCAACUUCAUGAUAGCAGACCACUGGACGUAUUAGCUCAGGCAUCCAUUUUACUAAUUCAUUUCCAAUGCACGGCUAUUUGUGAACAACAAGCAUACAUGACUUCCAGGAUUGCUCAAGGAUAUGUGGAACGCCUCAUUUCUCAAACAGAAAACAAGGAUGGAAUAUCUGAAUCGGAAAAUCAUAUAACUUUACAGUAUACUCUUCAUGCAUGGCAAGUUUGGUUUGCGGUUUACUUAUAUGGACAUCAAUCUUUGAUAUCUCCUAUGGUAGCCUCCUCUUCCUCUUUUCCUAUGCCUCCGCCAUUUCCCACAUUGGUACCGUCUCUAUCGCAAGAAGAACAACAAAUUCAACAACAAGUAUGGACCUGGUCAGUACUCACUCAAUAUAUUCCUUUCUUGGAAUCACUCUUGAAAUCAAAUAGAUCACCGCAAAUAACAGUUCAAGAGUUGAUGGAGAAAUGUCAAUCCCUAUCAUCACUAUCGACUAUUCACAACAGUAGCAACAACAACAACAAGAUGGCAACUUCUCAAAUCACAUCUUCAGAACAAUUGGUGGCACUUUAUUGUACUAUGUUGAUCAUCCAACUAUUUUCAAGUCAAUGGUUACCACGCUUGGAUUUUUUUACUCCUGCCAUUCAAAGAAAGAAAGAAAAACAAGAAAACGGGCAUGAAAACGGUGAUGAUGAUGACAAACAUGAUUCUAUUAUUACUGGCGCUGAAGAUAAUGAUGACGACAAAAUCAAUAACAAGAACUUAUCCAAGAACGUAUGCAUCCAAACCAGCCAACGAAUUAUUCAGAUGAUAACCACUAUGAUGAUGACUGGCCAAGAUAUUACAACACACCAUAGCUCAUCUCCGUCAUUAUUACCAGUCCGAUAUCGUGCUCUCUGUCUUGCAGCCACCAUACUAGUACCACUUGGUCAAUACUCAUCCAAAUCAACAACAUCUUUAAACCAAUCCUUACAACAAUUGAACCAUAUAUUGAAAAAAGAUAUCCAGACUUGGUCAGUGGCACGACAAUGCCUUUAUCAUCUACAACAACGCCUACCAACAGUGUUUGCCAACCAAAACGACGAUGAUUAUAAUGAAGAAGGAAUAUCAGGUACCCACAACAACAUCUCACAGCAUGGACAAUCACAACUAUUGACACAACAACGUCGAAACUCAACGAUGAUGAAAAGGGGAUAUAUGGAUCAAGAACAGCUAAACAAGUUAUCAACCUCUAUUGGAAAACGGAAGUGGGAAGAGCAACAGCACACUAUAUCGUCAUUUGAGGAACAAUCAAAUGGAAUCAAGAAGCGGCAUCGCACUCAUCCAACGCUCGAUGGUUGGUUACCAAUGGAUCCUAUUUAUGAAAACUCAAGUGGUGGACCCGGUCCUUUCUUGGAAUUGACUCAAUCUCCGACUCCCUUACCCUUAUCAUCCAGUAUCUAUCCAGCGAUGACAGAACUGAUACCUUCUCAAUCAAUUAUUACGCCCAUGCCGACCAUGUAUUCUAUAGCAAACGAUGAUCAUGUAGAUAAUAAUGAUGAUAAAAAUGACAGCACAUCAUUUCACAUGAUACAAUCUACGCCAAUCAUGUCACCCUUGACGUACCAUCAUCAACAACCAUUGGCGCAGCAAAAGCAACAACAGCAUCAGGCAGGAUCAACAACAACAACAACAAUGGUAUCAUCACCAUUGAUCACCAACAGUAGUAGUGGACUACCUUCAUAUCAAUCAACAUUCAACAAUUACAAACGUGGGAUAUCUUCUUCAUAUGUAUCAACAAGACAAUCGAUUCAUGAUACUUUCACGGCUUCCAUGAUGGAAACAUUACACACACCUCUUGAUCAAUCAUCUAUUCAUACCAAUAUGGAGGCAAGUAAUACAUCAACAGCAACGACUUUUCUUGUUGACGAACCAAUACCCAGUAAAACAAAUGCUAAAAUGAUGAUGACUAUACCAGGGAACAAUUAUUUACUAUCGGAUGACAAACAAACAGAAGAAGAAUGGAUGUAUUUUCUUUAUCAACAACAACAACAACCAUCAUCAUCUGAUCCUUUUAUAUUAUUCUCAUCUUCAAUUGAAAAAAAAGAUUAAUAAUUAUAAUAAUUUGAUAGAAAGUGGGAUUAUUAUUAUUUUUUUAUAGUGUUAAUUAAUAAAUAAAAAAC